AUGCCUCCGCCGAGCUCCUCGCGACGCAGUUCCAAGUCCGGCCCGUCGUCCUCGAGCAAUGACGCCCAGCACAACAGCAGCAGCAAGAGCAGCGGAAGCGAGCGGCGGGAGAAGGCGAAGAGUAGUCAGUAUGAGGGCACGAGGAGGGGGAGUAGGCAGGUGGAGGGGAGCGGGGGGUUGGGGGUUGUGAGGGAGGGGGAGAGGCCGGGGAUGAAGGGGCGGACGAACUCGGCGCCGACGAUUGAGUCGGGGGGACGGAAUGGGGGUGGGGGCGGUAAGGGGGUGUCGGAUGCACGGCGGGGGGAAGCAGGGGCCGGGGCGGAAGAUGCGAGGGAUGAGGAUGAGGUUGCUGGAGUGGUGGGGGCGGUGAAGCGGUUCCAGCCGUUUCAGAAUCCUGAGAUUUCUGAGCCGGUGCCGGAUAUCAAUAUUGCGAUUCUCGGGGCGGAAGGGGUGGGCAAGUCGACUUUUAUGCAGAAGGCGCUGGACCUUGACGAUCUGCCUGGUUCGCAGGCGGCGGAGCGGAAACUGUCGAUCAAGGGGGAAGAGUAUAUUGUGCGGUUACUGGAGCUGUCUAUAGACGAUGUGGACAUCGACGAGGACGACAACACUGUUAGCUGGCCCGAGACGAUCGAGGACAAGAUGAUGCCGCGCAUCGAUGGCGCGUUGACUCUCUACGACGUCAAAGACCAGGGCAGUCUGGAGUAUGUGCCAGAAAUGCUGCGGGCUAUCAACAAGACCGGGAUACCUUCUGUGCUCGUCUCCUGCAAAUGCGAUGCCUCACCUGAGGAGGCGGAAGUGGAUCCAGCAGAUGUCGAGAACCGAGCAAGACGGUCGCUGAAAGUCGUCGAUACUCUUCAGACUUCUGCUAGCACUCCCGAAACGCACAAGCGAGGGUUGUCGAUGAUCCUGCGCGCGAUUCUGUCCGCGCCUCCGAAGGAUGAAGCGCGGAGCUCGACCGACACCCGGCGGAGAGCGCAGUCCAGUGCUGUUCGUCCGGUGUCGCCACGGCCGCCCAGCCAUACGCGCGCGACGUCGGAGUACACGGGGAGUAUCUCGAAGGACUCACGGCAUUCGCGCCAUGACUCCAGUGGGCCGGGGUAUCACUCGAAAGAUAGGCUAGGCGUGCCGCAUGAGGAACCCCAGCAGGAGAUGCCGCAGUCUUUCUUGUUUGAGGAGUCGACGAGCGAGGCGUCUUUUGAGUCUACUGCUUCUGCUAGCGAAGGCGCUCGACAGCAUGCUUUGGGAACGGUUCAGCCGGUUUCGGCGCUCAGUGAAAACGGCGCUACCUUUGACGAACUCGUUGAUCGAUUGCUGGCCCAGCCUACCUCGAAGGUCGAUAGCAAGUUCACUGCUAUAUUCUUGGCCCUCUAUCGCAAGUUCGCUGCGCCCGGACGGCUUCUCGAAGCCAUUGUGGAGCGUUUUGAUGCUCUGGAGCGAAACGGCAACGCUCUCCUGAUCAAGACUGUGAGCCAGCUACGGUAUGUUUCGAUCUUGGAACAAUGGGUUGGGACGUAUCCUGGCGACUUUGCCUUUCCCAAGACGAAGAAGCGCAUGCGGACAUUCGUGAGCAAGCUCUCGCAAGAACGAAUCUUCGGCGUUGCAGCAAAGGAGAUCAAUGCCGAGCUGGACGGCGUGCAAGAAGACGACGACACGCAUUGGGGUUACUGCGACAAGGACCGAGACAGUAAGAUGUCGGAUCGGACGGUCUCUUCACUGCCCUCGACAGCAAGCAAACUCCUCGACGACCCCCGAUUCUCCUUUGGCAGCGAGUUCACACUCAGCGGCAGCACGCUCCUCGACGACCCCAGCGUAACUCACACCCCCGACACCGACGCCCCCCGCUCCAUGUCCUCCUCCACCCUCUCCUCCCAAGUGAUGAUUAGCGCCGAAGCCGCCCAACGCCAAGCCGAGCUCCUCCAACCCGUCCCCCGCCUCCCCCUGUCGAAAACCCAAUGGCGUCUCCUCAUGGAAUACCCCGACGACCUGAUCGCCCGCGAGCUCACCCGCAUGGACUGGCUGAUGUUCUCCUCCAUCCGCCCGCGCGACCUCGUGCGCCAAGUCUCCCUCAGCGACGAGCAAAAGGCCACCUGCAAGAACCUCGUCCACGUCAAUAGAAUGAUCGACCACUUCAACCACCUCGCCUCGUGGGUCGCCAACUACAUGCUCCUGCGCGACAAGCCGAAGCACCGCGCCCUGAUGCUGGAGAAAUUCAUGCGCGUCGCGCGGAAGCUGCGCGAGAUGAACAACUACAACGCCCUCGGCGCCAUCAUCGCGGGCGUCAAAUCCACCGCCGUGCACCGUCUCGGCGCCACGCGCGAACUCAUCCCCCAGCACGUGGGCAAAGACUGGCUCAAGCUGGAAAUCCUCAUGGCCCCCACCCGCUCCUUCUUCGCCUACCGCCUGGCGUGGGAGAAUAGCUCGAGCGAGCGGAUCCCGUAUCUCCCGCUCCCUUUACGGGACUUGAUGGGCGCGGAGCAAGGGAACGAGACUUUCCUUGGUGAGGGCAAGGAGAGGCGGGUGAAUUGGAAGAAAUUUGAGAUUAUGGGCGAGGUGAUUGUGGGGUUGCAAAAGGCGCAGGGGAUGCCUUAUCGCGGGUUAGGGGGUACGGGGAGGGCGGGGGAGGGGGUGAGGGAGUUGGUGUUGGAUGUUAGGUUGGUAAGGGAUGAGGAUGAGUUGUUCGAGCGCAGCAAGCACGUCGAACCCUCCGGCAGCGCGGCGGGAGGCACGAGCACGAAGUUUAAGGAGUUUUUCAAGCGAUGA